UUGAUAUAUGUUCCUUAGUAAGUUAAUAUCAUCUCUAUCUUCGCUUUCUCUUAACCCUAGCACGAGAGCGUCUAGGUUUCUUGUUAAGAACGCUCCAAAGCUCAUCCAACCUUUAAGAACUCGAGCCUUCUCCGGGAGCUCAGGGUUCGAUGGAUUCGGAGACGAAGACAACGGUUGGGACAUCCCAACGGGAGGAGACUCAUUAGGUGGGGGCACAGGAUCAGACGAUCUUGGUUGGGACAAUAAGUCAAUGUGGUCGACUGGUUUCACCACAGAACACUUCGAUGGUGUCUCCGUUGGUCGUAAGAAGGACACGAACGCUUCUUCCGACAACACCGGUUCUGAUUAUACGUGUGACGUAAUGAGCAAGUUGGGACCGAGAGAAGUGGCUAUGGUCAACGAGAUGAAUGAGUAUGAUGAUCUGCUAAAAGAGAUUGAUCAAGAUAAUAAAGAGAGCAAGGCUUUUGUUGAUGGGAUUAAAAAUAGGAUGAUGGAGAUUAGCGUGUUGCUCAAGCAAGUAAGGGAGCCUGGAGCUAGAGGGGCUUAUCUUAAAGACUCUGAGAAGACUGAGAUGUAUAGGUUGCACAAAGAGAAUCCUGAGGUGUAUACCGUUGAGAGGCUUGCUAAGGAUUAUAGGAUCAUGAGGCAGCGUGUUCACGCCAUUCUUUUUCUUAAGGAAGAUGAAGAAGAAGAAGAGAGAAAGCUUGGUCGUCCCUUGGAUGAUUCCGUUGAGCGUUUGCUUGAUGAGUACCCUGAGUUCUUUGUUUCGCAUGACCGGGAGUUUCAUGUGGCCUCACUCAAGUACAACCCUGGUUUCAAGGUCAUGCCAGAAGGAUGGGAGGGUACAAUCAAAGAUAUAGAUGAAGUUCAUUAUGAGAUCUCAAAGAAAGAAGAUGACAUGCUUUAUGAAGAAUUCGUGCAAAGGUUUGAGUUCAACAAAAUGAAAUGGAGAGGAGAAGUGAAGUGCCACAAGUAUAGCAGACGACGUUCAACAGAUGGAUGGAAAAUCACGAUUGAGAAAUUGGGUCCUAGAGGAAAACGUGGAGCCGGAGGUGGCUGGAAGUUUGUGAGUCUUCCAGAUGGAUCAAGCCGGCCUCUCAACGAAAUGGAGAAGGUUUACGUUAAGCGAGAAACCCCGCGUCGUCGCCGCAAGAUCCUGGCAUAUUCCGAAGGGACUAUAUCAAAAGCCUGCAAAGCAAAAAAGUAUAUUACAAAAAGAAACCAUAAGUACUUUAAGAUAUGGAAGAAGAAUGCAAUUCAGGCUUUGGUGGAUCCUCAUGAUGUAAAGAUUAUUGAAAGUAUUCCUUUGAGCAGGAUUCAGAUAAUGGACAUGGACGGUUGGCAUUUCACUGAGAAUGGGAAAUACUCAGUCAAAUCAGGAUAUCAGGUAGAACCUGUUUAUGCGGAUAAGGAAAAACCACAAAAACUCUAUGGACCAACAGUAGAUCUUCUGAAAGCUUUUUGCUGGAAGAUGGUUCAUGGAAAGAUAAGGAACCUUAUUCCGGACAUGGCUGGUAUAGCACUCUGGAAGGUUUUGAUGGACUGA